AUGGCCUCACCGCCACCCCCUUCUAUUAAUUGGAACAGCCUCCGCCCUCCGCCUUCCCCUCCAAAAGAUGAUUCUCCGAUAAAUGUGUUCAUUGCUCUUUUCAUUACCCUUUUUGUCGUCUCUACAGUGGUAUCGAUCAUUAAAUAUUUAUACAAUAAUAAAGCUAAGAAGCGAAGGGAGGAAUUCGGCCGUGUUAAUAAGAAGCAAAGGGAGGAAUUGUAUAAGGACUCCCGCUUUAUUCCGCUGAGCAUGGUUAAAUUCCUUGAUGACAUGGAAAGAGAAAAGCCCAUCCGGUUCACCUCUCAACAGCUAAGAACAGCGACAGAAAACUUCAACAUCUUACUGGGUUCAGCUAAACUCUGCAACAGGGAUAACACUCAUAUAACGAUGACCGGAGGACGUGGUACUCCGGGAUACGCCGCCCCCGAACUCUGGCUAGCUCUUCCAGUUACACACAAAUGUGAUGUUUAUAGUUUUGGUAUGCUACUUUUUGAGAUCAUCGGAAGGAGGAGGAACAUGGACGAGCGUCUUGGUGAUAGUCAACAGUGGUUUCCGAUAUGGGUAUGGCGGAAAUACGAAAAGAAAGAGUUGAAGGAUUUGAUGAUUGUUUGUGGGAUCGAGGAGAAGAAUCAUGAAGCUGUUGAGAGGAUACUGAAGGUAGCUUUUUGUUGCGUUCAGUAUAAGCCGGAGACUAGGCCAGGGAUGAGCAUCGUUGUGAAGAUGUUAGAAGGUGCGUUACUGGUGCCGGAGACUGUAAAUCCGUUUUCACAUUUAUUUUCUGGUGUUGAUGAAGCUGAUAGUUCUUUGGCUCGGUUGGCGUGGAAUGAUGGUGGUUCUGAUUGGUCUUCGUCUGAUGUUAAUACCAAGUCUACUGAAGUUGCAGAUACACCUUUGAUGAGGAGAUAUGAGAUCACAAUGGCUUCCGUGUAA